AUGCAAAUCACUUUCUUUCGGUAUGUUUUUGAAGCAUGUGAAGAUAACAGAGGCUAUUUAGGCAGAGAGGAAUUUAAAGUUGCUGUAGUAAUGUUGUUUGGUUAUAAACCCUCAAAGGAGGCCAGGCCCCACAGAAUGUCCAGUGUUUUCCCUGACCCAACUCCUUACCCUCAUGUCAGGACACUGGUAGGUCGACAUCUGGUGCUCAACAAGAUGCCAACAGGAGAGCACCCUGACAUCCAGAGUCUAUUAUUUGAGAAGUUUUUAAAUCUCAUGAGUGCAAAGAAGGCUACACAGUUAUACAGUAAUGAAACAAGGCAAAUAUUUACAGCUUUUGAUGUGCAAGAUAGAGGAUUUUUGACUUCCGAACACUUCAAGAGAGCCUUCAAUUCUGUUUCUCCCGAGUUAUCUGAAAAAAUCAUCGUUGAAGACUUCAGGUAA